UGUUAGUCACGAAAAAUUGGAAGGAAACGUAGUUGAAAUUUCAAGUGUCACGCUGGAAUAUUUGCGACCGGAGAAGAACAGUGACCAAGACGACAACUACGACUGGUUUACCGACGACGAGAAAACACGUCUGUUACCCGGGAAGAGAAGAAACUCUGGCUUGCGGCCGAAGAUUCGGCAGUGGACUUCUAAUCUGCUCAACGUCGAAGAGGCUCGCAACAUUGCACGCGGCCUACGUCAACCGAAAUACCAGAAGCUGUUUCAGCAGGACAAGGAGGAUCACCAGGACAUCCGUAAAAACCUAAAGACCAUGUCGGCACCCUCAACUUCCUCUGUGGGCGAUGCUGCGGCCGCCCUCUCCGGCAAUCUUCAACUGCCGCCCCUCCGCUCACUCGAUGACUUCAUGCUGGGAUCGGCACGAUUCCAGCUGCCCAAUCUCAAGGAUUUCGAGAAGUGGGGCAAUCGGGUGGUGAAGAAUCUGUUGUACUACCAAACCAACUACUUCCUGCUCUUCCUUACCAUCUACGCCCUGAUGAUAUUCUUUCAUCCCUUGAAGAUCGUCAGUGGUCUGUUGGUCCAGGCUUUGAUCAUAGCCGUGAUCUGGCAGUUCUUCAGUGGCAAGUCCAAGAACAACUUCAUCGCCAGCCGUCUGACCGGAGGAAAUGCCAAUGCAGCGGAGCAGAAUGCCCAGCAGAAGUGGUACAUCCUGGCAGGAGCUCUGCUCGGAGGAUAUCUCUUGCUGCAUCUGAUGAGCGCUUUGCUCCUGACGGCCUUCACCCUUAUACUGCCCUUUUCGGUGACCUUCAUCCACGCCUCCCUGCGGUUGCGCAACAUGAAGAACAAGCUGGCCAACACCAUCGAGAGCUUUGGUCCCGCCACGCCCAUGGGAUCCCUGAUGGAUGCAUUCAAUGUGCGCGCCGAGGGUUAUCUCAAUUAGGCCCAGCCAUGUCUAUCACGUUUUUAUCGCUAGUUAUCCCUGUCAAUGUUGAUCUUUGCAAAACAUAAUCCCUGUAUUAUUAUAAUCGAUCUGAUCUUUAUUUUUGUAUUAAACUAUGAUUUUAUUACCAA